AGCUUCCUUUGCAACAAACAUCUGCCUGAUCCUUUGUCUCUAUGUCUUGCUGUGAGUCUCGUCUCCAGGGAUGCUACAGCGUGCCCACCGGGCCCCCCACCACCAUCUGCUCCUCGGAUGUACGCUGUCAGUGUGGAGCCUGCCUGCCCAGCACCUGCCCACACGAGAUCAGGCUCCUUCAGCCCACCUGCUGUGAUACCUGCCACCCACCCUGCUGUGUGCCUGACUCCUGCGUGCCCGACUCCUACGUGCCAACCUGUUGGCUGCUCAACAGCUGCCACCCUACUCCAAACCUGAGCGGAAUCUCUGUCACAACCUGCGUCCAGCCCUGUGAGGGUGAAGCAAAAUCCUACUAGCCAAAGACAAUCUCAAUGAGCUUUGCCCGCGUUGCCCUAAGGGACUGCAACUGUCAUCAAGAGCUGCUCAGCUUUGCAGAAGUGUUCUACGUUUUGAACAAUGAUUUCAAAUCAGAAGUGGAAAAAAUGCUAUCAUGGACCUCCUUAAUUUAAAUAAACACCACUCUUUCC